CCAUGUCCUCUGGUGCCAGCGUGAACGCCCUGCAGCACCUUGUGGAGCAGCUCAAGCUGGAGGCCGCUGUAGAGAGGAUCAAGGUCUCUCAGGCAGCUGCAGGGCUUCAGCAGUCCUGGAUGCAGAAGGCCUGCAAGGAUGCCCUGCUGGUGGCUGUGCCAGCCGGAAGUAACCCCUUCCGUGAGCCCAGAUCCUGUGCUUUCCUCCGAAGACUCUAGAAGAGAAGUGCGCUGAGGAGUGCCUUCAAGCACAACGUGAUGAAUGACUGCCUUCAAGUCUCAAGAAAACACUUGUCCCUAGCCAAGUGACUUUAAGAGAUAUUUCAGUCCUUUCCUGGGGCCUGGUUCUAUAGCCGAAAUCACAGAAAUUCAUGAGUUUCUAUGCAAGUAAGGAAACUGGGUGAAAGAAUAGAGUUUUAAAUAGUGACAGCCUGGUUUUCUGUGGAAAUACUUUUAUACAUAAGACAAAAACCUUACCACCAAAUAUAGCAAAACCUACCUCUUUCAUAAGUGAGUCGCUAAUGUUUCUAUACCUGGAAUAUCAUGUAUGUUUU